AAUGUAGGGACUUUGUAAAUAUUCACAUUGUUUUGGUGUAGCUAUUCGAUGACAUAUCAUAAAGUACAAAAUGACAGCACGAACCAACCGAAAGGUUGCGAUACUUUUCACCGUGUUUAUUGUCCUCUGUGCGCAUGCGCGAACGUAAGUGUUGUCAGUCUCUAUGGCGACGGGACACUUAAUGCUUUUAGGGUUGUAGACAGCGAGAGAUUAUGUGGACCGCACAGGUGUCGCUCCGCAGACGGACAGGCUUGGUGCAUAUGCGACUCACUUCCAUGUUGGACAACAGCACGUUCGCAUGUUUGCUUCCACCGUUUUUACUCUUCGGAAUAUUAACACAGCAAGUAGAGGCCCGUAGAUCAUGAGCGAGGCGGUGUGCACGAGACCCCAGGAUGUUUACGAGGAUGACUUUGAGAAGGAUCUGGACUGGCUGAUCAGUGAGGAAAGUCGCAGCGAGGAGCAAGGUCCUGACUACAAGGACAUUGAGGCGGACAUUGACAAAGAGCUGGCCGAGGGUGAGAAACGACAUCAAGCCAACGAGAGACGCAACGAUUCCGAGGAAAAGGAGGACAAUGGAGACAGGUGGCCCUCACCGAUGGAACCGCUCGAGUACGACUCAGACGGAGACGGUCCGAGUAAGUCCUUUCUCAUGGCGGCGCCUCCCUUGGGCGCAGGUGAGCAGACCGAUGAAGAGAAGAAGUACAUUCUGGAGAAAAUCCAACAAGCCAACCGGGAACUGCGGGAUCAGGAAGCUCCAAAUGUCAGCCGCAGGCGAAGGCUUCAGUUUAAAGAGACGGUGGUGACCUUGGUGGUGCCCCCGUUGCAGUUUGAGAGUGUCGCUGCAGAGGCAGAAGGGACGGAGAUGGACAUGUCAGGGAAGCUGUCUGAGCUGAAAUUGUCUCCUCGAGAGGAGCAUAGCGGGGGAAGGGGAGAUGUAGGGCUGAAGGAGGGACAGGUCCUCGUGGAAAAAGAUGGCAGGUUUGACCUCGUCAGCCUCAAAGAGGUGGAAAAUCAUGGCCUCCUACCUCCGCUUGCACAGGAGCAGCCGGGCGGCCCCAGGAGAAGCCCCGCCGCCGGCCCCUCGCCUCGUUCCCCCGCCGGAGCUUUUUCUCUCUUCCAGGGGUCCGAUCACCAGCGGGCGCCCAGACCUCCGGGAAGGCCCAGCUCGGCCUGCCACGGCCAAAGAGGAGCCCAGAGGAGAGACACCAAGAGGCGGGUGCAGUCGGCCGCCGGGACGCCUUUGCAGGCCACCUUCAAGCUCUCGCCUCAGCAGAAGGAGCUGCUGCACAAGGCCCAGGAGAGGAAGGAGAAGUUAGCCAGAGAGGCUGAGCAGAAGAAGCUCGAGGAAGAGGAGCAGAAGAAGCAAGAAAACGAGAUGGCUUUCAAGGCCUGGCUGAUGAGGAAGCGAGAGCAGCUGCACCAGGAGAGGAGAAUCCGCAGAGCUCGGGAGAUGGAGAGGAUGACUCCUCAGAAGGACUUGAGUGAUCCCGAGGAGGCCUUCCGGCUGUGGCUGCGGAGGAAGCAGGAGCAGCAGCAGCGAGAGAAGCAGCUGGUGCAGCUGAGGAGGUUGGAGGAGGACAGCGGUUACUUUUUACGCAGCCGAGAGGAGUGCGAACGUGCCUUCAAGCUGUGGCUGACCCGGAAGCAGGCGGAGAAGCGAGAGGAACAGCGGGCGGCUCGGGAGCGCGUGCGCAGGUUCGUCCUGGAGGAGCGGCGGGCACGACGGAUGCGCGACCUGGCGUGCGCGGCCGGCGACGCCAGGACGUUCCGAUUCACGGAUCAGCUGACCUGUCACUUCUGAAACAUGACAUCCAGCACCCGUCAACUUUAUUUCGUCCAUCGUCCUUUUUUCUAGAAUAUUCACGUCCUCAUUAGGCUUACAAGUCAACUGCAGCCAAUCCAAGGUGACUUGGGUGAGAGGCUUGGUAGCACCUGGACUGGUUGCCAGUCAAUCACAGCACAUAUUCACAUGUAUGGAUCAUUUAGAGCAGGGGUGUCAUGGUCCAGAUUGCAGUUCCGGUUUCCCUCCGAGGGCCGUUAUUACUGUGAGACCAUAAAAUUGUUUAAUCGUCUCAUCAUAUAUACACGUGAAAUUUAUGAAGUAGUUUUGGAAUCAGAAAUCAAGAGUGAUGGGGUUUUCAACUAUUGUUCGUGUUUGGUAACACCAACAUGCUAGCAAUAUCUCAGUGUUAUCAUUUUAUGAUCUCAUCAUUUGAAAUCUUAGUACAGAGUUUAGCAAGAAUCGUGGAAGUUGACACGUGAUCUGCCUUUGCGGGCCACAUAAAAUCAUGUGGUGGGACGGAUCUGGCCCCCAGGCCUUGUGUUUGACACCCGUGAUUUAGAGUCAUAAAUUCACCUAACACAAAUGUUUUGUCUGUAGUUUGAUGUCAGACAAACAAGUCCAGAUUUGGAAGAAUCUAAACAAUAUUCCGGAAGAAGCCGGUGUCAAAGGUCAUUCAGCAGCUUGUCUAUUUAUGACAAUCAUAAUGGAAUGCAGCGGCACGGUGGAUCAACUGGUAAAGCGUUGGCCUCACAGUUCUGAGGACCCAGGUUCGAUCCCCGCCCUGCCUGUGUGGAGUUUGCAUGUUCUCCCUGUGCCUGUGUGGGUUUUCUCCGGGCACUCUGGUUUCCUCCCACAUCCCAAAAACAUGCAACAUUAAUUUCACACUCUACAUUACCCACAGGUGUGGCUGUUUGUCUCUAUGUGCCCUGCGAUUGGCUGGCAACUAGUUCAGGGUGUACCCCGCCUCCUGCCCGAUGACAGCUGGGAUAGGCUCCAGCACUCCCCGUGACCCUCGUGAGGAUAAGCGGCGAAGAAAAUGGGUGGAUGGAUAAUGGUAUGCGUAGUUUCGAGUUUUUGAACAGUGCGGCGUGAACUACUUUGUACAAAAAUACGUUUACUUAUUUUAUAUUUGCUUUUUUUGUGUCCGUAUAUUCACUAAUUAUGCCUUUACCUCUAUAAAACUGCAUUCAAAUGUGAAUUCAAUAUCAUUGAUCUCCAUCUUAAGCUAAAUAUACUAAUACACACUUUCGUAGGACAACUUUGGCACGCUAUUCCGUCCCCAACAUGUUACUAGUCAAGCAAAAGUAUGCACUAGUUGACAACCUUGUGCAAUCAGUGCUCACAGUUGUUCUUGUAGUGUCUUCGUCCUCAAUAGUAACAAUCAGGGCACAAGUAGAACAACUAAGGUGCACUAAGUGAAUGACGGUGGCUUAAAAGCUACUAGUGAGGCAAACAUUUGCCCUUGUUGACAUCUGUGCAGUUCUAGUACUAUUAGUAAAGAGCUUAAUGUUACACUAACUAGUAGAAUUUUAUGUCAGAAGCAGUACCAGUAGUGCAUACAGUAGUUAUCAACUUGUGCAUAGUUUUGGCUCUUUUGUACAGUGAGUACAGCAGUUUACUAGUAAGGUUAAAAUGCACACUAGUAGCCUGAAUUAUUGUUAUGUUUUUUUUACAAUGAGAGCCUUGAAUUGUCUUUCCAGUGAACACAAAUGUAGGUUUACAUUUUUUUUCUUUGGAGCCAGACCCCUGUCAUGUUCGGAAAUGUAUGUAGAGUAUUUCUGUACUUUAGUAUUAUUGUGUUUUUAUACAUCUCCUUUGAUUGCCAGUAAUUUCUCACGAAAGAUUACUUGGCUUCUUACAGCAAGUUCAAUUCACAUUUUUUUUUAGUUUCAUGAAUGACAAACAUUUAAGAGAGCUCUCUCUCACUCUCUUAUAAAGGGCUUUUUUUUUCAAUGACUUCAGGUUUUUCUGAGCUGUUUUCUUAAAGCGCAUUCACCACAGUGACCUCAGCAUACGCACGUACAUUAGAGUUCAAUUAUAAACUUCAAAAGAGCUGAUGGAUGUUGAUGUGAUAGUUACCCAUGU